GUAGUGUGCGAGACACACGUUGUGCGGAUCGUCUGUUCGUGUUCAGUGUCCGAAGGUGGAAGAACGAACGUUUUACGAUUUUUCGCUUAUCGUCGUCACGUAGUCCGGCCAGUCAGUCGUGUGUUCGUAUUCCGCAUACCUCUUGUGUCCGUCCACCGCGAUCUAAUCGCUUUGCCGCUAGCCUGCAGACGUGUAGACCUAACCGUGGCACCGCCGACCAGCUUUUACGAGGUCGCGGAAUGCUCGCAGUUACGUAGUGCAGAAGAUUUGUCGGUCCGCUGUGUGGAAACUGUUCGUGUUACAUUCUCUCGCCGGUUCGAUCGAUCGGUCAAGCGACGACCACUCGAUAUUACCGCCGCGUAUCCGCGGCGAUGUAGUAGUUCCGGUCGACCGUACGGAUAUUUUAUUUAUAUUUUUUUUUCUUCCCCGUCCCCUAAGUGUUUUUUGCCCCGCACCGCGGUCGUACAUUGUUCGGACGUCACGACAGUUGUAGAUUGCUCGCUACCGUUGGGAGUAAAAUCCGAGAUCACACAUCGCCGCAAACGUUCCUCUCGCAAGCGACAACGACCCCGAAUCGGUACUCCUCCCCCACCGGGUACAACGGCGGACACUGUCGCCCGGUGGUUCACCAUGCACGUGACCACCCUGGCCGUCUGGACGUUGCUCGGCGUCAUCGCGUCGUCGAACCCGUGGUCCGCUGUCGCGGCCACCAUAGACGAGGCUGUCGACUCGUACACCACGGCGUAUCUGAACGUGACCAGCUAUGACGUGUCCACCGGCUCCGUGGUGCAGUCGGAGAAGUCGGAGAUCGGCAAGUUCGGCGAGUUUCACGUGGGCACCGCGUCCGGGGUGCUGUUACACGUGAUCGGCACGGACGGCGACCGGAAUGGUUGCGAGGCACCAGUGCACGGUGAACACGAGCCCACGGUGCCCGGCCCGUGGAUAGCGUUGGUGCGCCGGGGCAAGUGCAGCUUCCAGAGGAAGGUAGACAACGCGCGCCAGGCCGGCGCCUCGGCCGUGAUCGUGUAUAACGACCGCGAAGCGAUCGACCUCGACAAAAUGAAGCUGCUGCCCUCCGACCCCAGAAACGUUAGUGCGGUAUUCACUUAUAAAUGGAAGGGCGAAGACAUGGCCCGAAUGCUGGAUGAUACGAAGAGGAGAGUGAUGGUAAAAAUCACAAUAGCCAGUCAUUGCACCAGACCGUACGGUAACAUAAACAGAACGUCUGUACUGUUCGUAAGCAUAUCGUUCAUCGUACUAAUGGUCAUAUCUUUGGCAUGGUUGGUAUUCUAUUACAUUCAAAGGUUCCGGUAUAUUCACGCCAAAGACCAACUGUCGAGGCGUUUAUGUAAUGCGGCUAAAAAAGCGUUGUCCAAGAUACCCACCAAGCACAUCAAAAUGGAUGACAAGGAAAUCAUUGGUGACGGUGAUUGUUGUGCAGUGUGCAUCGAACCAUAUAAACCAUCCGAGGUAGUUCGGAUCUUACCGUGUCGACAUGAAUUCCACAAAAGCUGUGUAGACCCCUGGCUGUUGGAGCACAGGACUUGUCCAAUGUGUAAAAUGGACAUACUCAAGCACUACGGGUUUUUGUUCACAGGCAGUCAAGAGAGUUUCUUGCACGUGGAAGUCGAAGAGGUGACCAACGAUUUCGACGUGUACCAGUUCGCUCGAGGCCGGAGUUUCAUGGACACGGCGCAAAAUUCGAGAACGAUACCGGACGUGGCGGCACAGACAGUGUCGGCGACUACGGUGACGGUCGUGCCCGAGUCGCCCGACGAACUGACGCCCACGCUUACCCAAUGCGGCAACGGCUGCAGCAACCGCCCCAAUGACAACGGCGACAACGGCGGCGCCGCAACCACCAGUACAACGAUCGCCGCUGGCACCAACCGGUCGAUUUCAUUCGACGCUGAUUGGUGGCACAGCCGACUAGGUUCACUGCGACAGACACGUUCUUCAGAUGGUUUCUGAAACAUCAAAACAACGAUUCAGGACGGAUGUGAUACUAGCCAUUAAGAUAAAUUAGACUUUGUAUAAGUUAUAUCUUCAAUUCAAGUCUUAUUGUUAUAGAGAUUAGGAUUAGGUAAAAAAAUAUUAUUUGUAUAAUUAAAUGAAAAUUACUUUUCAUUUUAAGUUAUUAAAACCGUAUAAAUAUACCUAGUCAGUAUUCCUAUAAAUAUAGCUUUCUGAUUAUGACUGGAUUCAAAUGUAAACGGUACUUUUUAUAACUAUUUUAUAGAUAAAAUG